AUGUGUGCAGUCAAGUGUGGUCCAGGUUGUACGUAUUUUGGCGUCAAUUUGCACGCUAAUAAAUGUCGAGUUUACUCGGGAUGCCAGCCGGGUAACUUAACAGAAGUUGUAGUAGGAUGGAGGUACUACAAUCUGGGAUCUGAAGGGAAUAAAUGUCCACUGAAUUGUAAAGCGUUGCUCGCUGAUGGCCAUACAGUGUCUACUGUUUACACUAUUUAUCCCCGUAACAACCAAUGGUCAGUAAACGUCCAGUGUGAUAUGACCACAAAGGGUGGAGGAUGGACGAUUAUACAAAAGCGUGUUGACGGUUCAACCGAUUUCAGCAGAACUUGGAAUAAGUACAAGGAGGGAUUUGGUUCAGUUAACUCAUCUUAUUGGUUGGGUAUAUGCAUUUUGGUUUACUUUAGUUUAAGUAUAUGUGAAAUUCAGUAG